CUUUCAGCCGCGUCAAUAAACACAGCCCAUUGCCAUUAUUGGUAUAUGCCCCCGCAUAUAUGCGUCCCUCAUCGCGUCGACAUCUUAUUGGAUAACUGUGAAGGCCACUGGAGAGACUCCUAUGCGUGUCAGUGUAAUUCAGUAGUCAACCAUAACUACCUGUACCUGAUAUACAGAAAUCAUAUUUUACUUAUUACCUGUGGUUCUUCCUUUCCUAUGAUCUAAACAUCUACCUAGCAAAUUCUCAUAGCCCCUAUUCAAAUAUCAUGGCCGCCCAAGAUUCCGAUGAUGGAGCUACUAUCACGAUUGCCUGCCUGAGCUCUGAGAGACAUGACUGCGCAAUCAGAGACCACUUGCUCCAUUAUCUAGGAUGUUUAGAGUUUUGCGAACGAAAAGACUUCUUCAGCGAGAACUCUGAUAUUUGGAAAAGCGAGGUGGAACACCAAAAAGCCCUCGGCCACAGUCCUGACAAAGCACAAAAAAUUACCGAACAAAAAAGAGAAACUUGGAAAGGUGACUGCAUCAACGAGCUGAAGCGUAUUAGCUUCCUUCGCUACCAGUUAUAUCGAGACGAAAAAGACAAGCACUUGGUGGAGAAACAGGAGGAAAGUCUGGAAACUUGGCGUAAUUCUUCUGAAUACAUUGACAAUAUAAGAAAAGUGUCGAGGAAGCGCCGAGCCCAACAGAAAAAAGUUUCAACCACCACGCCGGAUGUAGUUAUCAAGGAAGAAAACUACGACUUGGAGAAGGAUAUCAGUAUACCGAUCAUUCAACUUAAAGACGGUAAAGCUGACGAUGUGCCUAGCAAGGAUGUGUGGAACAAGUUUCCGGAUCAGAAGACAACAUUGAAAAUGUUGCUGCAUGGUGAGGAUAACCUAUUGCAUGGCAGCAAAUGUUCACCCGACAAUAUCGUCAGGUAUUUCCACAUUCCUUCCAACAACAUGAAGUGGGUCGAAGAAGCCAUUGGCCGAUACUUCGAUGAAAAACCGCCAGACUAUCACGGAAUACAUCUCGAGUUGGGACGAGAGAAGAAAACUAAAACUUACAUGAUCCUUCGGGACCAAUUUUGGCGAGGGCAGCUACACGGCAGCCAACCUCAUAGCCCGGCACACACAAGGCACAUGACGCCUCUUUGCACAACGAUAUCAUCUGAUCCGGAGAAUAUCAGGCGUCUUGAUCGGAACAUGGUCCUUUUUAUGCCAUACCUUCACUGGGAGGCGUCAGCAAAGAGGGAAACAUUUGCCAUAGAAAUUGAUGAAAUUAUGGCAGAGGCUAGGGAAAAAGAGCUGAACCGUAAAGCAAAGGAAAAAGCUAACAGGGGGAGCGUCGAAGGAGAAAUGUCGGCACGCCCUCCCCUUAGGCGUCCAAAGUCCAGAGCAGUAAAGGUGGCGACCAUGGACAAGUUAUUAGCCCUCAUGAGAGAUAAUAAAUUGCUUCGGAGUAAGGUUCAGGUAGACGAUCAGGGCCGGAUCAAGACCAAUAACCCUCUUGGCCAGCUUCUCCUUGACGCCGCGAGGCUACACGAAGGGAUGUCAAAUUAUCGGGAUAAGAAGCUGCUCCGGACAUAUCUCUCAACCAAUCCUCCACUGCAUCCACGCCGCACCCUUGACCAAGCUUACCACUGGUCACUGAACUCAACAUGGGAACGAGACCGAGAUCAAGUCGUAUACAGGCAUACUACCGCAAAGCCCGAACAAUUCCACGAAUAUGAUCCAUACACUAAUAAAUGGGAGGGAGACCGAGAGCCCAAACAGGAGAUUGGCUGCGAAGAAUGCAGAAGGAAUAUUCAGAAGCUAUCCCGUGUUGUCAUGGUGGAUCAGUUAUGGAUGUGGAUUCUGGACGCGAAGACAAUUAUUACCUGCUUCCCGAAACGAUACGGUUCAAAUAAGCACGACCUUUCGGCAGUUCAUAAAUCAAUAAGGGUCCGCAUCCAAGACCCCAGCGCCAAUCGAGUCCGCACCGCCUUUGACCUAGGUUUAAUCAUCAUCGACGAAUGUGCCAAUGCGCUAUUCAACCAAGCUGGAGUAAUGAGCAGCCAGCCACAAAUAAUUGACGCCUUUUCCAGGGCCAUCGGGACUAUUAUGCAUAGACAAACCAUAGCUUUUGGAAGGCUAUGGAGAUGGGCAGAUAACGCCAGAGAAGUCUACAGAACAAACGGUCAUAGGAAUAGUUCAGAACUCCACAUGGCACUUCUUGAUAUCACCCCGGAGGGCAAACUUGAACGGGAGAUUAAGGAUGUAAUGGAAGAGCUGGAUAUCAUGAUACACAUCACGAAUGUCCAGAAGAAGAUGCUGACGCAGUUCAUUUCUAAUGCCGAAAGCUUAUUAGAUCCAUUUGGCAAGUUCGGCGGCGGCAACAGCAAGAAACGAAAAAUAAUUGGCAAUGCCUUGUGGGAGGAAUCGGACACCUUAUAUGAAGAUUUACUAAGCUAUAGGAACCCGGCGAAGGAGAAGAAACGUUCAAAUAGGAAGCGGGAGAAAGAAAAUAAACCACCAGAGGGGAAGGCGGAGAAAGAUAAUAAAGGAUCAGAGGAGGGAGAUCCAUCAGAAACUUUGAAACGGUUGUUCAAGGAACAUCGGAAUGACCAUAAUUGGUUCAAGCUCAAUGCGGAUGAGCUUCUCCAGACUGUCAAUGGGCGGAUUGACCAGCUUCAAGAGCUACGCAAUAUUGCCUAUCAUACCGCCGAAAGUAUCAAAGAUCUUUUGGGAUUGAAACAGCAACAGGCUGGUGUUGUUCAGGCGUGGCAAGCCGUCAGACAAUCAGACGAAACUAAUAAGCAGGGCCAGUCUAUUAUGAUGUUUACGCUUGUCACGAUCAUCUUCCUACCCCUGUCAUUCAUGUCAAGCGUCUUCGGGAUGAACAACAUGGAAAUCACCAGCGAAACUUGGUCUAUACAGAGGGAACUCUUAUACAUGUUCACCAUAUCCGCUGGAGUCAUCAUCUUCAGCUUGCUCCUCGCAUUCGGCAGUUGGAUACGGGCUGGUCUCUACUAUCUAUGGAAGAUCUGUAUAGUCACACUUAUAGUGUGCAGCGGCCUCUACAAUAUAUGGCGCGACAGAAGUUGGUCAAGCAAACAGUUUCACCAAGAGGCAAACGCGGCCACUGCGCGGCUCAAAGUAGAGUCCAGGAAACUCCAUCUCAAGCACAAGAUCGAGAAGCGGAAUAAAGAAGAGGAAGCGGAAAACCCCACUGGGAUCCAUCAGGAAAAUACUGAGAACAGAAACGCCUUAGGCCGAUUCGGUUUGCGAAGUGGACAGACAGACGGUCAUACCAAUGGUCAUUCUUCAGAAUCUCAGAAUGGCCGGGGCUUGCAGUCAUGGGUGCGACGGGUUCGAAACAGACCUCAUAGGGGGGAACAGAGCCGUGUGUAAUGGCUCAUAAGAUUACCUAAGGUAGCUACCAAAACAAUACACCAUAAAAAGGUAGAAAAAAUGCCAACUUGAGUGGUUGAAGCUGCUAUCUCCGCCUAUGAGGACCACACGGAAGUACCGUGACGCGAAGAG